UACCCCUCCUUGCAACUUCUUCCUUUUCUUUUUCUGCCAUUCAGGAAGUUUUAAAUGACACCAUCUCCUACCCUGAUGGUACAUUCAUGGAUUGGGAGUUUAAGAUCUCGGUCUUAUAUGAUAUUGCUAAGGGAAUGUCAUACCUGCACUCCAGUAAGACUGAAGUCCAUGGCCGCCUGAAAUCCACCAACUGUGUGGUAGACAGUAGAAUGGUGGUGAAGAUCACUGAUUUUGGCUGCAAUUCCAUUUUGCCUCCCAGAAAAGACCUGUGGACAGCCCCGGAGCACCUCCGCCAAGCCAACAUCUCCCAGAAAGGCGAUGUGUACAGCUAUGGGAUCAUUGCCCAGGAGAUCAUCCUGCGGAGAGAAACCUUCUACACGUUGAGCUGCCGGGACCAGAAUGAGAAGAUUUUCAGAGUGGAGAAUGCCAACGGAGUAAAACCCUUCCGCCCAGAUCUAUUCCUAGAAACAGCAGAGGAAAAAGAACUGGAAGUCUAUCUACUUGUAAAAAACUGCUGGGAGGAGGAUCCAGAGAAGAGACCAGAUUUCAAGAAAAUUGAGUCUACACUGGCCAAGAUAUUUGGCCUAUUUCACGACCAAAAAAGUGAAAGUUAUAUGGACACCUUGAUCCGACGUCUACAGCUGUAUUCUCGGAAUCUGGAACACCUGGUGGAGGAGAGGACCCAGCUGUACAAGGCAGAGAGGGACAGAGCCGACAGACUUAAUUUCAUGUUGCUCCCAAGGCUAGUGGUAAAGUCUCUGAAGGAGAAAGGCAUUGUGGAGCCUGAAUUUUAUGAGGAAGUUACAAUCUACUUCAGUGACAUUGUAGGUUUCACCACCAUCUGCAAAUACAGCACCCCUAUGGAAGUGGUGGACAUGCUCAAUGACAUCUACAAGAGUUUUGACCACAUUCUUGAUCACCAUGAUGUGUACAAGGUGGAAACCAUUGGCGAUGCCUACAUGGUGGCCAGCGGUUUACCCAAGAGGAAUGGCAACAGGCAUGCAAUCGACAUUGCCAAGAUGGCCUUGGACAUCCUCAGCUUCAUGGGGACCUUCGAGCUGGAGCAUCUUCCCGGCCUCCCCAUAUGGAUUCGCAUUGGAGUUCACUCUGGUCCCUGUGCUGCCGGAGUCGUGGGGAUCAAGAUGCCUCGUUACUGCCUAUUUGGAGACACCGUCAACACAGCCUCUAGGAUGGAAUCCACGGGCCUCCCCUUGAGAAUUCAUGUGAGCGGCUCCACAAUAGCCAUCCUGAAGAGAACUGAAUGCCAGUUCCUGUACGAAGUGAGAGGGGAAACGUACUUAAAGGGAAGAGGAACUGAGACCACCUACUGGCUGACAGGGGUGAAGGGCCAGGAGUACAACCUGCCGACCCCUCCUACUGUGGAGAAUCAGCAGCGCUUACAAGCUGAAUUUUCUGACAUGCUCGCCAGCUCUUUACAGAAAAGGCAGGCGGCGGGGAUAAGAUGCCGAAAACCCACACGGGUGGCCAGCUACAAAAGGGGCACUCUGGAAUACCUGCAGCUGAACACGACCGACAAUGAGAACACACAAGCGAAUUAAGUAGACCUGCACUCGGGCAGCGGCCUCAAGUGUCCCGGGGCCCUCAAAGCGACCGAAGACUUAGCUGUGCUCUGCUUAGCCUUGGCUGCCUUGGCUGGAACAUAGACUUGCUUCUGUGAAUCAGAUGUGCACUCUCGGUGCAAAAAUUACCUUCUACUCUGGAGUCUGAUCUCAGCAGUGGCUCCAGGGAACUUCCCCCUGGGAAAGAAGAAUGGAUGGACUGUCUCUACGUUGAAGAGAUUGUGUUCUUAUUUCAUUUAUUUUGUUUUUGUUUUGUUUUGGUUUGUUUGCUGGCUCUUUUUCCUUCUGUAUUCAUGAGAGUUUUUGAAUGGUCACGAUUAUAUUUUAAAUACCCUAUCUCCAUUAAAUUAUAUUUAACUCAUAAUUUUUGCAGAAAACAUGCUAUAUGGGAGGCAGGAAUAAAAGUUAAAAAUGU